CAAUGUAUAAUUCAAAAUCUUUAUGUAAGUACUAUUUAUAAUACCUUUAGAUCAAUAAGUAUCACCAAGUAGUGGACGUAUAUAAAAGAUCUCUGAAAAAUUAUCAACCAUUUAAAUUGGAGUAGAAAACGAAAGAUUUCAAAAACUAGAAUAAGCUGAAUAAAGAAUUCAAUAAGCAGAAGAUGCUUUUAAUGAAUUUUAAGAAUAAAUAUUCACUAAAUUAAAUGGACUUAGAGAUUAAGUAUUUAUUUAUACAUUAUCAUUAUAGUUAGGAAAAUUAUAAAAAUAAGUGGAAGAAGAUAAAUUAGCUAAAGAAUAGGCAAAUGAAACUAAGAAUAGGGAAGUCUUAGCUUUAGAAAAGAAAUUUGAAAAUGCUAUUUAAAAUGAAACUCAAGUUAGAAAAGAAGGAGAAUCUAAAGUACUUAGACUUCUAGAAGAUAAAACUGCUUUGUUAAGAACUGAAAUUUAAAAGGAAACUGCUGCAAGAGUAGAUUCUAUAGAAGGAAUUCAUUAAGGACUAUAAAAUGAUCUACCUAAAAUUUAAGAAGCUAUUAGAACUGAAGCCAAUGAGAGAGAUGAAUCUGAUUAAAAUGUAGUCUCUUUAUAUAUCUUCAGGUUAUGAAAUCAAUUACUGACGAACUUGUUAAACUCAGCAAUCUCAUUAAUGUAGAAAAGAGAAAUAGAGAUGAAAGUGAACAAUCCAUAUUUGAAAUGCUUAAAGAUAUUGUUAAUAGAGUAAAAGUAGAAUUAGAUUAAGAAAAAAAGACUAGGUAUUAUAAUUAUAUAUAAAUCAAAUUAGAGAAUAAUCAGAAGAGCAUCUUUUAAGUUUAUUAGAGGAUACCUGCAAUAAAUUAAGUAUUGCAGCUAAUUUAUGAU